AAAGUUUCCGUGAAGGCUAGCAGUCUUAGUGAACUUGAUUCCAUGACCCAAACCAUUGCUUUGCUAAGUGAUGCCUAUGGUGCAGAAGGAGAACUUGGCAUUGUCGUAUCUGAGAAGUUUAUGGAACAUGAUGCUUAUUCUAUGUUUGAUGCCUUGAUGAGUGGGGCUGGUGGAGCUGUUGCCAUGGCCGAUUUUUUCUCUACUCCUUUUGGGACUUCCCAUAACGUGUUCCCUCCUGUAAUUGAAGCUUCUUCCGCACUCUAUCAUUUGCUUUCCGUUGUUGAUUUGCCUCUUCAUAAUCAUCUUGUUGAGCUAGGCAUUGAGCCCCAGUAUUUUGCCCUUCGCUGGCUAAGGCUCCUAUUUGGUCGUGAAUUUUCACUUGAAGUUCUUUUGGUGAUCUGGGAUGAAAUUUUCUCUCGUGAAAAUAACAUUUUUAAGAAACCAGCUGAUAAUGAUGCUGAGUCCAACUUUGGAGUUCUCGAUUCACCUAGGGGUGCAUUCAUUUCCGCUAUGGCAGUUUCAAUGAUACUUUAUUUGCGGUCUUCUUUGCUUGCAUCAGAGAAUGCUACCACCUGUCUUCAGAGAUUGUUGAAUUUUCCAGACGAUGUAAAUCUUGUUAAGCUGACAGAAAAGGCAAAAUCUUUGCAGAUUCUGGCAGUAGAUGAAAAUAACUCAACCUCCCUGCCGUAUCAUCAGUGGUUGCAUGAAGGGAGUAAAUUAGGGAUUACUAGGGCUCAUAGCCUUUCCUUAGAUUCAACUUCUCCUAGAACUCCACUGAAUAUAGUACCCGAGAGCUACUGGGAAGAGAAGUGGAGAGUUUUUCACAAGGAAGAAGAUAACAAGCAACAUGAUGUCGAAAAACAAGUUCCAAACCACAGAAAGGGUUGGUCAGAGAAAGUAAGAUUGCGCCUGUCUAGAACUGAAUCUGACCCAUCACCAUCUAAGGUUGACAGAAAAAAAGCCCCCAAGCCAUCUGUUAGGAGAAAUUUGUUGGAAGAUCUCGUACGGCAGCUUGGAUUGGAUGAAGAUGCAGAUAUAAUACAGUGCAAUGAAGAUAUCAAUUAUGAUCCA